AUGCUUAGUCGGCAAAUCACGUCAACUAAAACUUUAAAUAUUUGCGUCGAAUGUAGAAAUCGGAUUAUUCGGUACCUUAAAGGGAGGAGCAUUUCACAAAAAUGCACUUCAGAAAAUACGUCAAAAAGGACUGGGCCACUAAGCGGGUACAGAAUACUGGAUAUGUCAAGGGUGCUUGCCGGACCUUAUUGCACAAUGAUCCUCGGUGAUUUGGGAGCAGAAGUCAUUAAAAUAGAGCGGCCAGGAUCAGGGGACGAUACUCGGUCGUGGGGCCCGCCAUUUAAAGGUUCGGAGUCUGUGUAUUUCCUCACAGUCAACAGAAACAAAAAGAGUGUUGGCGUUGAUAUAAAAUCUAAGAAAGGUCAGGACAUUAUCAGAAAGCUCGCCACUAAGUGUGAUGUUUUGGUAGAGAACUACAUACCUGGAAAGCUGGAAAAAUAUGGUCUGGGAUAUCACCAGCUUAAGAAUGAGGCGCCUCAUCUUAUUUAUUGCUCCAUAUCAGGUUAUGGGCAAACUGGACCAUACGCUAAAAGAGCAGGAUAUGAUGUCAUAGUAUCUGGAGUGGCAGGGUUGAUGUACAUCACUGGUCCCAAGGAUGGAGAACCAUGUAAAGUAGGUGUUGCUAUGACAGACUUAUCUACAGGAUUAUACGCUCAUGGCGCCAUCAUGGCCGCCAUCUUACAGCGGCAGAAGACAGGUCAAGGUCAACAUAUAGACUGCGAUUUAUUUUCUACUCAGGUUGCUUCUUUGAUCAACAUAGGAGCGAAUUAUUUAAAUGCUGGAAUGGAGGCCACGAAGCACGGUACAGCUCACCCAAGCAUUGUGCCUUACCAGGCAUUCCAAACACAGGAUGAUUAUAUUUUGGUUGGAGCAGGAAACGAUGGACAGUUUAAAAUUCUCUGCAAGAUUUUAGAUUUGGAUUAUUUACACCAAGAUAAUAAAUUUUCUACUAACAAAGCCAGAGUGGCCAAUAGGGAGGAACUGCUGGAUAUACUGAAAAAGAAAUUUAAUUCCAAUACAACACAGUACUGGCUUAAUUUGUUGGAAAAUUCAGGAAUUCCAUACGGCCCAAUCAAUAACAUGGCGGCUGUUUUCAACGAUCCUCAGACUUUACAUAACAAUAUGAUACAAGAGAUACAUCACCCCACAGCUGCUGAUGUACGCCUUCCAGGACCGCCUGUUCGAUUCAGUGAAUUCCCGAGACCAGUUCCGACAGCGCCACCUACACUAGGAGAACAUACAGAUCACGUGAUAAAGGACUUGUUACAAUUAGGGUCGGAUGAAAUAGAUCAACUUAGAAAAGAAGGUGUUAUACAAUGAGAAAUUUUUUGUUUUCUGUAACGCAAUUUUAUAUCUUUUUAGAUAUUAAAAAGACAUUUAGUCAUGUA